AUGUUGAGUCUUUUGUUUUCAGGAAUAACACAAGCCAUAUUCACCUGCAUUGUUCUACUGCGGAGCUGCCUUAGAAAGAAAUUCUAUUCGCAGUUCCUAGUUGGUGUAUGCUUGUCUUCAAUUGGCUUUUUACUGACUGUGCUAAUGAACUGGAUGUUUGUACAAGGAAUACCAGUGUUCACAGCUCCAGGGCUUUGCCAGAUGUACGUGUUUUGUAGCCAUUUCUUCCCAUUCCUAGCGUUUCUUCUGAGUGUGUCAAGUGCUCUGCUGAUUCUUUAUGACCUGACCAGACUAAAAUCUGUCAAGUGGAUGAACAGUCCCGGGGCUGCGAAAAUGUGGGUUAUUGGUCUCUCCAUCCUUGCCUUUACCAUUUACUCGUACAAAACCUGGACUCAUGGCGCCUUCAGGAGAAAGUCCCGCACUGAAUGCAGCGUCAUACCGGAGAGUGAGAAGGCAAUGGAAGUACUCAACGCCAUCGAUCUUCUACUGCUUCUGUACCUACCAACUUUCUGUUUUCUAACAUUUGAUAUUGGCCUCUUGUCCUGGACCUGCAGUAGAGCAGUUAAAGUAAGUUUAUCUUCUAUUGUGGUUACUGUUCUAAAGUCGUCUGACGAUGUGUACCGACGACGUCACGCUGAAGUAUUAAAGAUAGUAUUGUGUUACUCCGUCUGUUUUCAUCUCCUAGUGACGCCCAGAGCCGUGUCAACCUCUGUCGUCACCUUCAACAGGUAUGUAGCACUAUACCUCUGUCGUCACCUUCAACAGGUAUGUAGCACAGUUAAUCAGUGUCUACAGAUCUUGUUCUAUUUCUUCUUCGCCAUCAAUCCCAUUUUCCCCUUCUGUGUGUCUAGCAAGUUCCGGCGGAACGUUUCGGUACUGUUCUCACAGGGUUGUGCUAAAAAUAUCGUCCAACCACAAGUUAGGUCACCAUUAGUGACACUGUGA